AUGGAGAAACCAUUACCUUUGAAGCCUCCUCCAGCAUCAACAAUGUAUUCCCUUGACUUUAUUGCUCAAACAUUAUCUCCUGUCAUAGCAGUUACUGCUAGUGACGAUGCCGAAGCAUUAUGCCGAUUGAAUCAUAUACCUUCAGUGACUGACUUACUCAAGCCUUUUGGUGCGCCUGUAGAAGGGCGAGGUACUUUCUUUUAUACACUUUUACCCUUGCCAGAGGACAAUUUAUUGACGCUUCUCUUAUUUCUCUAUACGCUUAUGAAAGUAACGCCACGCGAUUGGCAAGGUGUACCUAUCCCUAUCGAUCAGUUUAUGCUUCGAUUGAAACCUAUUCACCGACUUGACGAACCCAAUCAUCAGAGUGUAAUGAAAAUGAUGGAAGAUAAAAUGAAACGAUAUCCUAAUGUUCAACCACAAGAAAACUCCAUGAUUAGAACCAAACAAGAUGUGACAGACGACUACUUGAACACACCUCUUGAUCAGUUCAUGCCUUGGUAUAUCGACUUUAAGAAAACCCUUUUAUCAUUACGAGGCAUUACGGAAUAUGAGACCUUUGAUCAUCCUGUCGCCACCAUGGUGGUCAUUUCCUCGGCUAAUCCCGACCCUCUCCAGACGAUCAUGCAACUAUACAAUCCAAACAUACCUUCUUUUACUGUUGACCGACCUUACAUCCAUCCUAAUGUGUUGCGAUAUUAUGUUGUGCUUCAUGAUCCAACUACAACCUCAGAUGAACAAGCCAACGAUUUAUUUGAAAAGUUGAAAAAAACAGUAGGAUUACAUUGCUAUCUACUCCGCAUCAAUUCUAAACCAAGAAGGCAGGGUGAAGAAGAAGAAGAAGAAGAAUAUCUAGCCGAAGAAGCGAUUCGAGCGAUUUGGCACGACACAAUCACAGACACUUACAGGUUAGAGUCUGACCUGCAAUCAUUUACUGAAGAUAACAACUCAACAGACACUUCUUCCCUAUCGUCUUUGUCCUUGAGCAACAUGAAUACGAGUUCAGUCAUGCCUACCGUCCAACACCCACCACCACCACCACCACCGGAUAGAAUCUCUUCCCCUAUCAGUAUCACUUCACCCACUUCCAUGUCACCUUCUUCUUCCCCCAGUCACUCACGCGCGAAUUCUAUUCUCUCGUCCAACAGUCAACAAACACUUCCCACGUCCACCACCAUUAUACAAGGCACAUCCAUCCAGUCAGUACCUGUCGAUAUGGAAGUGGACACUCAGCGAAAUGAAAAUAACCCCACUGAGUCUGUCCCACAAGAAGACGCCUCUCAGGACAGACAACCCUCCUCUAUCCAAUACGGCUGCUUGAUGACGUUCGAUGACAUUCAAAACCUCAAAUCCAUGAUGCGCGCCUUUGUCACGCAGAGCCUGCUUCCGUUUAUGGAACGCAAUAUCCAACAUUGGAAUGAACAAAUCGCUGCACCACGCCGUGGACUGACCGGCCGCCUUUUUGGCGCCAGUCGACGUCUGUUUGGAGGCAACAGUCGAUCGUUUUCCUCUCACCCUCCACCUUCUGUACAAUUUCUCCCCGUCAACCAUCAAAAUAACUCCAACGUGCCUCACGGCGUGCACCAGCUCAUGGUCUACCCUCACAACACCCCAGAGGCUCAACUUCGUAAAUUAGCCGAUUACGCCUUCAUGUUGCGUGAUUAUAAAUUCGCUUAUACCAUUUAUGACACCGUGCGCAGGGAUUUUGCCACAGAGAAAGCGUAUGCUUACCACGCCGGAACCUUGGAAAUGAUGGCCUUUUGCCAGCUCUUUCUGACCGCCACCCGUCAGGACGGCCUCAGCAGCAGUCUGAACAGCCACCCUGGUACAAACACGGGUACACAUCCAUAUAGCAGCAACAGCGACAACAACAACAACAGCAGCAGCAGCAACAACAACCUGAGUAAGAGCACAGUGGAUAUAGCUUCGAUCGAUCGUCACAUGGAACUUGCGAUUCAACAGUACCUGACACGAUGCCGAUUACCGUACUACGCUACACGUACCACCAUUAUGUAUUACGAGUUGCUGAAAGCCUGUGGUUUCUGGAAAGAGAUUCCCACUGCUCUGGUGCGCAUGACGGGAGAGGAUUGGGACGUACGAUCAGGAUUAUUUUUGGAGCUGGCUGCCCAUGCCUUCUUGAAGAGAAAAAGGAAAAGCAGUAGGCUGUUGCCCUCCGCCAAUGCCACUCAGAGCAGGCACAGAGGCUUGCGAAAUUAUCAAAACAGUAGUGGCCAACCCAACGAAGGAAGAGGAGGCGCUAUGGUGCGUAAAUACGCUUUUCACUUGGUCAUGGCAGGCCAUCGUUAUGGGAAAGCUUUGCAACGUGUUCAUGCCUAUCGAUGUUACCAACUGGCUUCUUUUGUUUUUCCAGCAGCAGCAGCAGCAGGAGCAGCAAGGAGUGCUGCUGCUAACAACGCGGAUGCCUUAUCAAAAGACAGCCGAGAGGACGAUGAGUAUAAAUAUCAACACAGCUUGAAGAAUAAAGGAUGGUCAGUCGCACAAUCCCAUAUACAAUUUGCACUCGGUCGACAAGCUUUCCAUUUAGGAAAGUUGGAAGAAGCCGUACAUCAUUUUGCUCACGUCUUAUCGGACAAUAACAACAGCAGGAUGUAUCAGCAUCAAAAGACGGCGAACAACACUGAACAACAACAACAACAACAACAACAACAAUCACAGAGUGUACAACAACAAAUGGCGCAUAUUCGUGAGUUUUUGUACAUUUAUAAACAAUAUGCUGCUUCGCAAGGUGUUGUGGAAGACCCUUCCAAAGUAUGCUUGUUGUCCGCCGAUGUGUUGCAGCUGCCCGUGAUAGACGUUCAAAAAGGCAUUAAAGUCACUUUGUCCAAUAAACAACAACAGCAACAAGAAGUUGCAGCAGCAGCAGCAGCAGACACUGCAGGCACACCUAUGGAUCACCACGCAACAAAUUUAUCGGAUGAUCAAGAUUUAUGGGCCCAAAUGGAAUUGGCCUUGUUGGAAAACAGUAUUGCCAAUGGAUUCAUUUCUAGUUCAAAAAAGCGUAUGGCUGUACAACAACAAGAUGAUCAACGCAUCGUUUGCGCAGUUGGAGAACCUACCAUCGUUCAUAUACAAUUGUACAACCCUUUACUUGUGGCUCUUCAAUUAUCUGAUCUGAUACUUGGCUGUCAGUAUAAGAAGCCUGAUGCCACGAACAAUGAAAAUGGAGAUAGAGAAGAAAAAAUAGAUCAUACUAUCAUGCCUGAAGGCAAACCAAAGGAAAACGAUGCCGAUAUGCUUGAAUAUGAAAACUACGAUUUACAAACAAUACAGUCAUUGACGUUGGAGCCGCUGGAAAAGGCAACAAUCAGUUUGACUAUCAUUCCUCGUCAUGAGGGUAGUGUUCAGAUUCAAGGGUUACAUUACACUCUCAACGAGCUUGUUCACACGUUCAAGUACUUCCAUAAGAGAGGCAAACGACUGAACCGCACAAAAGAAGAAAGAAUGUCAGUGGUCUAUUCACAAGAUCGUUCGAUGGAUAUCUUGGUCACUUCGCCCAUGCCUCUGCUUGAACUCACUUGUCAUCAGGUACCGGGGGCUAUUUUGUCUGGUGAAGUCAUUCAAACAGUAUUAGAAGUAUAUAAUAAAGGAAAUAAAGGAUUGACAGCGCUUAGAGUCAAAACAAGUCAUCCUAGCUUCAUCUGCAUUGGAAAUUUAGAAGACAUGGACAAAGAUAUUUAUGCCGAUCGUACGGCUACAGGUAGUACAUCUACUAGUUUAACGGUCGAGAAUCAACUGUUUGAUCCUAGCGUCAUCACUAUUCCUUUACCAGCGAACAAGGCUGGAAAUGGACAUGGCGUUGUCAUGCCAGGGGAAACUACCUUGAUCCCUCUUUGGAUACGCGGUGAUCGUAUUGGUAAGCAUAGCAUCAAACUACUCUUUUCUUACCAACCGGACGAUCAUGAAGACAACAACAAGAAGAAUAUGAUUGCCCAUCGUACACUUCAUUAUACAUUACCUCUUCAAGUCAUUCCUUCUUUAAAAAUUAAUGCAUUUACACGUCCCAGCAACACCUUUACUACUACUGUUCCCACAUUAUCCGCUGCCGACGAUGACCAGAAAGAGAAAAAGGAUGAGCGUGGGUAUAUUCUGGGCGUGGAGAUUGAGAACUUGCAAACCCUGACCAACUUUGGAUUAGUGCAGCUAACCGUCAACAGCCCUGUCUGGAGCAUCUCGCCACUCAGUGUUGAUUUGACGUCAAAGGAAGAUGUCGAAGCGAAAACCACCAUCCCAGCAAGACAAACAACUUAUGCUUACUACAAGAUCACCAAGAAAACAUCACAAACGAAGGAGGAUGAGAUCUCGGAGAAGGUUGGUGAUAGCAGCCCUGAAGCGUGGACGGCGAAUGGCCUUCGCCUGUUUCAUUCUGGUGAAUUGCUCGACAGAAAAUCAGUGAUAGAGAAGCCAGCACCUAUAGGCUUUCAUGUUGACAAUUUAUCCUUUAGAGACGAUGGUCAGAUAGCGUUCGACUCGCCCACUCUCAAGUCAUUUUCUUUGAAUGCACGCAUGCAAUGGCGACAAAAUAACCUUGAGAGUCAAUACCCUUACGUCCCUCAAGACCUUUAUCCACAGUUAUUCAAUCUCUACAAUACAGGGGAUAUCGAUUUUACGAUGUAUUGGGAGGCUUCACCGUCCGUCACUGCCCCUACCGCCAACCCUACAAGCACUGACCCUAAUAGUACAGGUGGUGAUGACGCUUCAGCUGCCACCCAUAAGCGACGUGGACACCAUUACAUUAUUGGGAUUAAUCUCACCGAUCCUGAGCCAGCGGAGAGUAAUUUAUCAACAUUGGCAACGGCUGUAAAUACAACGAACAAUGACAUUAAUAAUAACAUAGCAGACACUAUUUUGAAUCGGUCUCUGUUUGAUAUGUCGGCUAGAGAAAGAUCGCUAUUAUUGCAAACACUCAUGCAGGAAGCCACCAAAGCAUAA